CGAAUCUUACUUAAAAUGUUAAAAGUGUGGCUAACUGUUCAGAUUUGUUUGGCGAUUACCAUCUGCCAGCGAUCCAUCCAUGGCGGACUUUCACAGCGAAGAAAUUCAAAAAACAACACCUGGAAGUAUGGCAACUUUGCUUACUCUGCUUACAAAUCAGUACAAUUUACAGAUAAUUCCACAAUCGUCAUCCGCUUCAAAACAACAAAAACACAUGGAAUGCUGUUUUACAUGGAUGAUGGCAGCGUUCAAGAGUUCAUGGAUGCAUUCCUGUUAAACGGGCUAUUAAGAGUUCGUAUUUCUAUGGGCAAAUGCACGGGAAAUCAGAGGUUUAUAAACGGCUCGUUUGCCGACCUCAAAUGGCACAAACUCACUUUACAACGAAUGUCCGAAUCAGUGAUUGUAGAGGUGGACAGCUUGGAAUUAAUCUAUCUCUGUCGCGGACUUAAAAGAACUGACUUCAACAAAUAUGGGCCUUUUUUUGUGAGCUUCUUCCCGCUCCAAGAGUGGGGCAAAAUCAAGUGGAAUUUUCGCGAUUCUUUUUCGACUGCUUUAGCAUUUGGCGGAUUUGAGGGGUGUAUAAAAACACCAAAGUUCGCUGUAGGCGACCAAAAGUUACGCCGCGCCUCUCUUUGGAAAAGUGAGCGUGCCGUGGAGGGUUGCCGUGACGCAUGCAAAGAUCCCAGUUUUGGAGGAAAAUGUUACAAUGGUGGGAAAUGUGUGAACAAGAUCGUGAGGAGAGAAUGUGAUUGCAGCAAGACUCGAUUCAAUGGUCCAAACUGCUCCCGAGCCAUGGAGGUAUUUGCUCUAUUUUGCCCGUUAGUUGCUCUCCUCGACUCCGUAGCGGGGCUGCAUUUCCACGAAGGUGCCGAUUGGUCUUUCGCAGAGUUCAGAGGUUGGGCCAUGUCCAGAAGAAGUGAGCUGCAGUUCUACUUUAAAACAGGUGCAAGUAGAUCUGCUUUACUACUGUAUCAGGAUAACAAAAAAAAGAACACUGAUAACGAUUUCCUUGAAAUGUCCUUGAACAGUGAUGGCUACGUUCAGCUUUACGUCCGGGGAAAUCGGUGCUUCCCUGAGAAACGCACGAUUCGUCAAAACUUUACCGACGAUACCUGGCAUCUGGUGACAAUUGCAAGAAAUAGUUUUCUUCUCAAUUUCAGCGUCGAUGAUAUUACAGCUGAAACGAUCUCUUGCGUGGCACCUCCACAGUUAUCUGGAUUCGAUGGCAAAGCAAUCAACUCUCUUUACAUUGGGGGAAUUCCGUUCCUUGAUUCCCAGGGAGAUCCAACCCUCAAAGUAUGGUCCCUGACCGGUCUGUUCCAAAAAGUAGGCCAAGAAUACAGCUGGUUUCAAGGAUGUAUUGCUCUCGUGAGAUACAGCACCGAUUCGAAGCGAUUUCGGAAUGCUAGGCUCGUGCGGUAUGAUGGUAUUUCUAAAAACUGCAGUGGUGAGGCGUGUUCAAGUGCGGAACAGAACAAGUGUCAAAAUGGAGGACGCUGUGUUGAUCUGGUGGUCAGGGCCGAAUGUGAUUGUGAGAAAACUGGGUAUUACGGUCGCUUUUGUGAACAAAAAGCAGUAAAGAAGUAUAUCAAUUCAACAGGAUCUUCACAUGUGAACAGAAUAGUUUCCAAUGGAACAGAUGUCACCGCACAAAAAAACAACACCAAAGACGACGACAAUAACGUCAGUAGCGGUGGAGAUGUAAAUGCAGGCAAUGGGGAUGGCGACGAUGUAAAUGAUCCAGGUAAAAGCACCAAAGGAGUAGCAGUGAGCGAAAGCAAGAAGGUCCAUAAUGGAGUUUCACCUCUGGUCGUUUCGCCGCCGGUUUGCUUUUUUCUUUACAUGACAGCUUUACUCAUCGACAUUGAUGUAGCCUGAUAGUGUCCUGGUCCUCUGAAAGCUGGAGUCUCGAAAGAAUCUCAAGCCUCAAUAGUGUAGAUAAAAUUGCGCUUAAUGGAGGGGUAGGUUCGAGAGUCGAUCAACAGGCUGUUAGGUGACAGAA